AUGGACUACACCAACAACGCCGUCCUCACCGUCGUUCUCCACCCGACAUCGCCUUAUCAGGCAAAUCCGGCCUCACUUUCCUCGAUAUUCCCAGGUCUAUCGCAUGUUGGUCCGGUGGGCGCCUUGCCAGACGUUCAAGUUGUCAGCUUGCCGCGUUCAGCAUGGGAUCAGGACAAGGCCGCCGUUCUUGAGGCGCUCAGCCGUGCCGAUGGCGUAAUGAAGGUCGACGUGCAGGAGCAGAAGCAACGGAAGAAGCGGAACGAACUCUGA